UCCAAGCCAGAGGCGCUCCAACGUGGCGUCUGCUUUUCGUAGGCAUCUGUCUGUUCUAAGUUGGAUCUAUUCGUUGCAGAGAACCAGAGAUCAAUCGUACAGAUCAAUUGUACAAUGAAAAAAUUAUUAGAAGACGUACACGAGGGCCUUCAACUGCCUCAUGAAAGCUGUUACGCCGCGCUCGUCAAGGGGAAAUACACGUACUACCAUUAUGGUUGCGACGGCCAAAACGAUCGAGGCUGGGGAUGUGGAUACCGGACUCUUCAGACAAUGUGUUCUUGGAUAGUAAACCAAAGGCAGCCUGAAGACCACACAGACCACAGCGGAAGCAGCAGGAUACCCAGCAUCCCAGAGAUACAGCAAGCGCUCGUGAAAAUGGGAGACAAGCCACAACGAUUUGUAGCCUCUAGAGACUGGAUUGGAAGUGCAGAAGUGUUCAUGUGCCUGGACCACUUUUAUGAGGUCCCUUCAAAGGUCAUUCACGUGUACAGUGGAAGCGAACUGCACCAACAGAGAGACAGGAUAGUGGAGCAUUUCAAUACUAUUGGGUCACCUAUUAUGAUGGGAGGAGACAAUGAUGCAUCAUCAAAAGGUGUCCUAGGCAUUUGUUCAUCCAUAGACAGAUCCUACUUGCUCAUUCUAGAUCCUCACUAUUCAAGCCCAACGUGCAACAGCAUCGAUAUUCUUCAGCGUGAUGGCUGGGUAUCGUGGCAGCCCAUAGACUCCUUCAUGGACAGCUCCUUCUACAACCUAUGCCUGCCUCAAUAUAUAACAAGAUGAUACAAAGACUCCGUUAUAUUACAGUAUUUAUAAAAAUAAAAUGGAUUUCCGUCA